AUGACAUGUGGAGUGUGUAUCGGUCGGGUAUCAGCUCUUCGUAGGCUUUCUUCUCGAGUAGUGCAGAAUGAUCCCUUCAAUGCAUUUAUUCUGAAGGAAGUGCGAACAGGAGAAGGAAAUGGUAAGGGUAAUGCCUCACUUGAAGGACUCACGUAUGCAGCAAAGGAUAAUUUUUCAGUUUCUACCACCACUUGUGGAUCUCGUAUUCUUUCCAACUACGUGGCUCCAUAUUCUGCAACUGUGGUGGGUUUACUUGAUGAAGCUGGAGCUCUACUUGUCGGGAAGGCCAAUUUAGAUGAAUUUGGAAUGGGAUCAUCCAAUACAAACUCAUACUAUGGUGCAACCCUAAACCCACGAUAUGAACAUGCGGCAGUGCCACAUGUAGCCGGUGGGUCUUCUGGUGGGUCUGCUGCUGCGGUAGCUGCUGGGCUUGUAGAUUUCAGUCUUGGAACAGAUACCGGUGGAUCUGUGCGACUCCCUGCGAGCUAUUGUGGGGUUGUUGGGUUCAAACCUUCGUACGGACGUAUUUCUAGAUGGGGGGUCAUUCCAUAUGCACAGACUUUGGAUACAGUUGGGAUAUUGGCACGAGAUGUAGAGCUGGUGGAGAAGGUGUACCAAGUUUUGGACCAUGUAGAUGAUAAGGAUCCGACAACUCUCACACAAGAACUUCGGACCCAAUUCGAUCAACAAGGAAAAGAUAAUAAUAGAAAAUUGACCAUUGGAAUACCGUCGGAGUUUCUUGUAGAAGAACUUUCGACUAAUAACCGUGGAGCUUGGUUGGAAGCGUUGGAAACAUUCAGAGAAAAGGGCCAUAUUAUCAAGGAAGUAUCCAUCCCACUGAUCAAGAAACUGUUGCUGGCUUAUUAUACCAUUGCCACGGCAGAGGCAGCAUCCAACCUAGCACGAUAUGAUGGUCUCAGAUAUGGAUUAUCGGAGGAAGCUAAGACUGUAAAGGAAGAGGAGGAGAAUAGUGGCUUGAUCUCAAAGAAUAGAACUUUAGGAUUUGGCCCAGAAGUGCAAAAGAGAAUCCUUUUGGGUAAUUAUACACUCUCGUCAGACUCUGGGAACCAUUACAUGAAGGCCACACAAGUACGGGAAAGUUUGGUCAAGGAAUUCAACCAGGUAUUUAAAUUUCCAAACUUUCUUUUACAAGAGCCCGGGUCAAUUUCUGGUUGUGAUGUCUUGUUGUCUCCAACUGCUGUUGGAGACACCCCUUCUAUCGAAGAAUACGAACUUCGAAACAAGGAAAACCCAUUACAUAGUUAUGUCAACGACUUGUUGACAGUCCCUGCAUCCUUGGCUGGUUUGCCGGCCAUUUCAAUCCCUUGGAACCAUAGUCUGCCCCAUGGAAUUCAAUUGAUGACCCAAUUCGGUGACGAGGCAACUCUUUUCGAAGCUGCAAACCUCUUACAAAGUCAGACGACAUCAUAA